AGAGUACGACAGUGAGAUAAGCGCCCUCUGUGACCAAAUGAUGAACCUUCAAUUCCGUUCCAAAACAAUAGCGCUCAAAAACUGGGAAACACGCUUUAAGUUUUGUAAUCGAUAGUUUUCAAGGCAUAAGACGAAGAAUGGGGUGCAGUGCUAUUGGUUGUACAGUUCGAAUAGGUGUGCCCUUAUUUUCAACCCCCAACAAUCGUUCUAGACGGAAGCUAUGGCUUUUAAAGAUGAAAAGAUGCCGUUGGACCCCCAAUGCCAAUUCAAGACUCUGUGCCAAUCACUUCACCCAGGACCAAUUCCGCACUGAUCUCAGAGACAAACAAGGGCGCUUGUACAAGGCAGGCCGCAAGACACUUAAGUCAAAUGCCGUACCAACAGUCUUCCAUUUUUCCAAAGAACCAGUCCACAGAAAGCCUCCUAUGGCAAGGCCGCCUCCUCCUUCCCCACCGCAUUUGCCAAACCAUGCUUGCCUACAGAGUGCUGUGAAUAUUGACAUCAAUGGCAACGUUGGGGAAAGAUUCCUUGAAAAGGUCGUGGAUGAAGGUUUAGUUUUGGAUCAAAACAAGGUGUCUAAUGCUUGUCAGACAGAUGAGAACAGUGACAGCCUUAGAGCAAUGAGGCUAAGAAUAACUCAACUCGAGGUCGAGGCAAAGCAACUGAAGAAUGCCCUGUCAUUGGUAUUUAACGAGGACCAGAUUAAGGCAAUGAGUCGAAAAUCUGGGCGCGUCCGUGAAUGGUCGAAUGGGACCAUGAAAAAAGCUCUUCAAUUGUACUUUUCUUGCGGAACAACAGGAUAUGAAACUCUCCGAGAUCAAGGUCAGCCACUCCCUUCCCUCACCACCCUUAAGGAGAAAACCAGUCUUUUGAAUUUUGAACCUGGUUUGUUGGAUGACGUCUUUCAUUUGAUGGCAACGAAAGGCGAGAAAAUGACUGCACCUGAGAGAGAAUGCGUCCUAAUGCUUGAUGAAAUGGCGAUAAAGCCAAAGAUUAAAUUUGACCCGGCGCAACAGAGUUUCAUUGGUUUUCCAACAAUAGCAAUAUCUACAGCAAGUCAGAAGCGGAAGAAAGACCAAAACACAAAAGAUGCUCUAGCCACUCAUGUACUCGUGUUUAUGAUUGCUGGUAUUACCACAAGGUGGAAACAGAUUGUGGCUUAUGAGUAUACUGGAUCUUCUUUUGAAAGCAAGCACGUCGCCAAUAUCAUCAAGAACAUCAUUGAGAGAAGUGAACGUAUAGGGUUUAUUAUUCGAUCUGUUGUAAUGGUCAUGGGUCCUUGCAAUCAGGGGGUUUAGAACGAG